CCCCUCCCUCCCCUCCCUCUAUCCCUGUCCGGGCACUCUGGCCAUGGCUUCCCCGGGCACGGCUCACCGGAGCGGGCUGCUGGAGCUGCGCUGUCCCGGGGAGCGCUGGGUGCGGGUACUGCUGCUGCUCGGAGAGGAGACUGUGACUUUCACCCCGGAGCCGGAGCCCGGGGCAGCGGAGGAGAAGGCGCUGAACGGCGCGGAGCCGGCGGGGGGGGUCCCGGAGUCUCUCAUUAACCUGCGCCGGACUGUCAGGGUGCUCAAGCAGGAUGCGGGGGGGCUGGGGGUCAGCAUCAAGGGUGGCCGGGAGAACAAGAUGCCCAUCCUCAUCUCCAAGAUUUUCAAAGGCCUGGCUGCUGACUUGACAGGGUCAUUAUAUGUGGGGGAUGCAAUCCUGUCUGUUAAUGGGGUAGACCUGUCAGAGGCUACUCAUGAUGAUGCUGUGCAGGCUCUGAAGAAGACUGGAAAGGAGGUGGUGCUGGAAGUAAAGUACAUGAAGGAAAUCUCACCGUAUUUCAAGGGCUCUCCCCCGAGUGGUUCACCUGCUGCCCCUUUACAGAAGAGGGGGUCCCCCGCGCUCCCACCCAAGGAAUACAAAGAUGGAAAGAGCAUUCCGCUGAAGAUGUGCUACGUAUCCCGGAGAUUCCUACCAACGGACACCGAGCCCAGGUACCUCGAGAUCUGCUCAGCAGACGGAAGGGAUGUGCUGUUCUUUCGGGCAAAGGAUGAAGGUACAGCCCAGUCCUGGUUUAAUGCCAUCCACACCAAUGCCAGCGCCCUGGCGCCCCGUGUGCGGGAGGAUGUGAAGCAGCUAUUGGGCAAAGACAUCAAACAGAUGGGCUGGCUCACUGAGCAGCUCCCCCAGGAUGGAAAGCGCAAUCUACUGGCCCUACUCACAGAGAAGGAUCUCCUGCUGUACAACAGCCUCCCGCACUCCAGGGAGGGCUUCAGCAAGCCUGCUUAUUGUCACCCACUCAUUGCCACCAGGUUGGUACACUCUGGGCCCUCAAAGAGCUCUCCUCUCUACGACACAGAGCUGGCAUUUGCUUUGCGUUCUGGUACCCAGAAAGGGGUGGAGACUCACCUGUUCAGCGUGGAGACGCAGAGGGAACUGGCAACCUGGACACGGGUACUGGUGGACGGCUGCCAUAGUGCAGCAGAACUCAUAAAGGAGGUGACCACAGCAUGUACAUGGGGUGGGAACGAGUGUGCCCUGUCUAUACACAUUGAUCAAGGUUUCACUCUCUUCACGGAGGAACCCGGCCUUAACAAGGUGAUACACUUCCACCAGCCAUUCGAGAAGCUCCGUAUGUCGUCUGAUGAUGGUGUCAGAAUUCUCUAUCUGGAAUUCGGCAACCCCGAGGCAGAACUUCAACUCGACCUGCACUCCUGUCCAAAAACCAUUGUCUUCAUCAUUCACUCCUUCCUGUCGGCCAAAGUGUCCCGACUGGGCCUAUUCACCUAGAACGCUGAAAGUGGCGGCAAUCUUGGACCUCACGGCCGAGCGCUAACCAAAACCAACCCUAGGGGGUGCUGGAGAGUUAGUCCAAAGUGGACAGCUUUCCAAAAUGUCACACAAAUAAUAUUUGUAUUUACACACCAUAAAUGGCCAGAAUUAACCACUUCUAUUUCACUAUGUCUGGAUACAGUUAAUGGCAAGGAAAUGUGAAGCCUCUCGUCUUUAUUCUUUGUAAACUGCCGAUUCCCUAACCAUGAAUUAUAGUGCCUUAUAUAUAUAUAUAUUUCUUUUUUAAAGGUUUAAUGCCAUGGCUUCAGGGAGAAUCCAGGUCAGUCUCUCUGAUAUACAGUGGGUUUUUGGGGAAAAACAAAAGUACUGUGCCUUUAAAUGCCCAAUAUCUGCUCCACGCCAUGUUGUUAUACAGCAGCACAACCGCUCUACAAUCAGUUAUCAAUUUGGUCUAAUUGUUUCCCCUUCGGAGCACAGGUUAGGGCGUUUGUAUAAAUAUAUUAAUAUAUAUUCAUAAAUGAUCAUAGAGGCAGAUAUGUAUCUAGUUUUAUUAAUUAUUGAAAUUAAGCUACCCGGCACAACUUUUUAAGCUGCAUUAGAAUAAGGGCAUUUGGGGGGGUUUAUUCUGGACUUGAACCUAUUAUUUUACAAAGUAUUUAGCGUGUGGAUAUAGAUAUAUAUAUAUGGGAGGACGUUUCAUGAUCCUGAUUGUUUGGAAAGAAACGGAGGUGUUUACUUGCCCUUUGGAGGUGUACAAUAAACAAUAAAGUGUCUGAGCAAAA